GGCGGGCGAGGCGAGCGGCCGGCGUACCCUGGUGCCGGACACCCGAGCCUGAGCACCGAGGGUUCGAGUCCCUCCCACUCCCGGGCGCAGCCGCGGGGCGCGCUCAACAGCGUUGCACCCGCUCUCUGAGCGCCUCCGGGCUGCCGGGCCCAGAACUAGGUGGCAGAGGCGGCGCCCUUAGGGCCCCCUGUCCGGGGAGCGGACGGGACGGACGAUGAGUGACAAGCUCCACAACGAAGGCCCCGGGCCCAUGGAGGGCUGCGGCCAGGACCCAACCCUGCAGGAGGAGAAGGCGCACUCGGGGGCUGGGGCCGCCGCGGAGCUGGGGUCUCAGCCUGGGCCGUACAGUUACAUCAGGGAUGACCUGUUCACCUCGGAGAUCUUCAAGUUGGAGCUGCAGAACGUGCCACGCCAUGCCAGCUUCAGUGACGUCCGGCGCUUCCUGGGCCGCUUUGGCCUACAGCCCCACAAAACCAAACUCUUUGGGCAACCUCCUUGCGCCUUUGUGACCUUCCGCAGCGCCGCCGAGCGGGACAAGGCCUUGCGCGUUCUGCACGGCGCCCUCUGGAAGGGCCGCCCACUCAGCGUGCGCCUGGCCAGGCCCAAGGCUGAUCCCAUGGCCAGGAAGAGGCGACGCGACGAUGAAGGCAGGCCACCUGCCACAUGCGUUGCUGAUGUAGUAACCCCCCUUUGGACCGUGCCCUAUGCGGAGCAGCUUGAGCAGAAGCGGCUGGAGUGUGAGCAGGUGCUGCAGAAGCUCGCCAAGGAAAUCGGGAGCACCAACCGUGCCCUGCUGCCCUGGCUGCUCUCACAGAGGCAUGAGCACAACAAGGCCUGCUGCCCGUUGGAAGGGGUCAAGCCGUCACCCCAGCAGACGGAGUAUCGCAACAAGUGUGAGUUCCUGGUUGGCGUUGGGGUGGACGGGGAGGACAACACAGUGGGCUUUCGGCUUGGCAAGUACAAGGGUGGGAGCUGUGCCGUGGCAGCCCCCUAUGACACCGUGCACAUCCCUUGGGCCACCAAGCAGGUGGUGAAGACCUUCCAAGACUUCAUUCGGUCCACCCAGUAUUCAGCCUACGACCCAGAGACGUACUCGGGCCACUGGAAGCAGCUGACUGUGCGUACCAGCCGCCGCGGCCAGGCCAUGGCUGUUGUCUACUUCCACCCCCAGAAACUGAGCCCAGAGGAGCUGGUGGGACUAAAGGCUUCCCUGGCACAGCAUUUCAUGAUGGGGCCCGGCAAGGCCAGUGGGGUCACCUGCCUCUACUUUGUGGAGGAGGGACAGCGGAAGACCCCCAGCCAAGAGGGCCUGCCUGUGGAGCACGUGGCCGGGCAGCAGUGCAUCCACGAGGACCUGCUGGGGCUGGCCUUCCGAAUAUCCCCUCAUGCCUUCUUCCAGGUGAACACCCUGGCAGCCGAGGUGCUCUACACAGUCAUCCAGGACUGGGCCCAGCUGGAUGUGGGGAGCACGGUGCUGGACGUGUGCUGCGGCACAGGCACCAUCGGCCUAGCCCUGGCCCGGAAGGUAAAGAGAGUGGUGGGGAUCGAGCUGUGCCAGGAAGCGGUGGAGGACGCCCGGGCGAAUGCCCGAGACAACGGGUUGAGCAAUGUUGAAUUCCACUGUGGGAGAGCUGAAGGCCUGGUGCCCGCUGUGGUGAGCAGACUGGCCUCCCAGCAGCUGGUGGCCAUCCUGGACCCGCCCCGUGCCGGGCUGCAUUCCAGAGUGAUCCUGGCCAUCCGCAGAGCUGAGAACCUCAAGCGCCUCCUGUAUGUUUCCUGCAACCCCCGGGCAGCCAUGGGCAACUUUGUGGACCUCUGCAGGGCCCCUUCUAACCGGGUGAGGGGUACUCCCUUCCGGCCGGUCAAGGCUGUGGCUGUGGACCUGUUCCCCCAGACACCACACUGCGAGAUGCUCAUCCUGUUUGAGAGAGUGGAGCCCCCUGAUGGUGCAGGGGCUUUGGGGUCCCAGGACCCUCCAGCCCAGCCCCCACCAGCACCCCCAGAGGACACCCCACAAGAAACCGGGACGCCUCCCUCUUCCUAGGACCCUGGAGGAGGGGCACUAGCCCUUCCAGAAUAGGCCCAGGUCCCCUCCCACCCACCCCCAAUGCCUUCUGCUACUUCCAGCCAAGAGGCUCUCAGGUGGGGCCCCAGGGACCUGCGGCCUUGCCUUGCUCGAGAGGAUGACGAGCCCGCCUCGAACCGCAGCUACGGGGCCCCGUGCCCUGCCUUGCCCUGGGCCACUCAGGCAGCAACUGGAGGAGGACAUAAGACCUGGCUACCCAAACCCAGGACCGACACCCAUUCUUUUUAGAUCAGCUGGGCCAGAAUAAACAGUUGGCAAACCACCAGUGUUUGUGACAAGAACUGAGCUUUGGCACCGGGAUUCACUGCUCCCUGCUGUAGGUCAAGGGGGCAGCACCAGGAGGGCACCUCAGGCCCCACCCACACCAGGACACAUCCAAGUCUGAGCCUCUGGAUCCUGCUAGCACCCCACCAGCUCUAGGCAUGGCCAGUACUCACUCUGGGGUCAGGGCAGCUCUCCCAGCUUCUACAUGGCUGGUGGUCACAGCAGAGCUUCUGUGGGACUGAACAUCUUUUAUUACACCCUGAGCAGCAGAGAUGCAGACCUCACAGCCAACUGUGUGCCUGGGGUGGAGAGACCCCCCCAACCCAGCCCUGGGCUUGGCCCGGCCCCAGCUUCCCCUGCAUCUCAGCCUCGCCCCGUCCCCAGCCUGGCUCUAAACCCUGAAGGGAGGCACCGUCCUGGUGGCCACAGAUGGAACCAGGGGCUGGGUCCAGACACACCCUGCCUGGUGAGGGGAGCUCCAGGAGGGGCUCUGGCUGCUGUGCCCACACCCACAGCUUCCCACAGACAUGAAACACACACCGGGCACUCCCUUUUGGACCAUUUCUCUUUAUGUGUUCAGUUAAGGUUCAUCGCCCUUCCAGCCCCUGCCCAUCCCCAACCUGGGACACAAAGGACAAAGAACGCAGUGGCGGCACAGGCUCUCCCUGCUCUCUGCCCCUGUACAUGGCUGUGUGCACAACACUCACCCACAUGGGACAGAGGAAGGAGGACCAUGAGGCCCACCCACCUCCAGUAACACAUGUGCAUGAAACUUUGGUUCACAGUGCGCACCUGGCUACUUUAAGGGCCAAGUCACGUCAAAUGACUACUCACAGCUGCAGACAGGAAGCAAGACAGAAGCAAGUAUCUAAUUACAGCAAUUUGAUGUGCGAGUUUUAUAAAGGUCAACAGAAGCCAACCUUGGUCACAGGUGGUGAGGAGGGGAUACACUGUGGGCAGCCCACUAGACUGACCUGAAAGAGGCACCAUCAGCACCACCCACGGGACAUGACGGCACAGCCCAGUGCCAUGCUCUUGUGUCCAGCUGUGCAGCACUGAACAGGCACUGGGGCAGGGAGCCAGCGGCCAACCACCAUCCUACCCUUGGGAACCCAAGGCCCCAAGCACAUGCUGUCCCCUGGGACCCCGGGCAGGACCAUGUCUACCCUCCCUCCACCUGUCCCAGGGGCCACUUGGGGAGUACAGACCACUAGUCAGAGGAGUGAGCCAGUCAUCAGGUCUGGCUGUGCAAGGUGGCUGCCCUUGAAAUCCAGUGGGGCUGUUGUCAGGGGGCUGCCCAUGUGCUCAUGCCAGCUCCAGAGAUGCGCCAGUUCGUGAUCAAGAAUGGAUUGCACUGAAGGUCCUCAAUUCCUCUUUUCAAAUAAGUCCACAUGCUAAAAUGCAUUAAUUAUUUAUAUCUGCUACAUGAUCCCAAAUCUAUCUUCUACUCUCACUGAAAAAGUUUCUCUCCAAAUGCUAAAAUACCAUAAAAGCUUUAAAAAUUGAUGGGGGAACAGAUGGACUUGACUGUGCAAAAAUCCUGAAUAAAAAGUUGCCAGAGGCCAGCAGAGGUGAGAGGCCUUGGUGUCCAAGGUGCACCUUUAGGGCAUUAAGACUCUCAGAAAAACGGACACACCUCAGCCAGGGCCAGGGCACGCACAGGCGGGCCCUGGCGGAAUUCAUACACUGGCCAAGUUCACCUACAAUCUCUGAAAGAAGUUCUGAUGCUAAAAUUGUGUCUAUUUUAAAUAAACAAGUCUGAAACACUC